AUGGGCUCUGAUCAGCUAUGGUCUCGGUUACCGCCUUCGCUUCUGUCGCCCAUCAUGACCGGCAAGGACCGCACGGACGGUAGUGAUGUUGAGGAUGACCUCACAAAGUGGUCUCACCAUGUUCAGGCUGCCCGAUCCCCUGGACAGGGCCAUGGAGUCCUGCAGUUCCCCUUCAAGGACCCCAAGGCCGCACAGUACCUGAUGCACUUUAUCCACGACCUAUCUCCAUGGGUUGACAUAUGCGACCCCAAGCGGCACUUCGCCACCGAAGUGCCGAAGCGGGUGUGCCAUUUCCCGUUGCUGGCAUUCUCUUUGCUUGCCUUUUCUUCGCGCCAAUUGAGCUGCAAGAUGGGUACUCUGGACCCGGCCUGUGAAGCGUACUACUCGCAGGCCAUCACAAUACUGAUUGACUUGUUGAACGACCCGGUCCAGUCGGUCCAUGAGAACACACUUGCAAGUAUUGUGUUGUUGCGUCUCUACGAGGAGUUCUCGGACGUUGACCUAGGCACCCACCUCCUCGGCAGCGCCAGGAUCCUGGAUGCGGCGUCGAGCUUCGCGGCCCAGGGCGGACUCGGUGAGGCGGCAAGUUGGAUCGUCCUGCGGCAGAAUCUCUACGUGUCGUUUGCUAAUUGCGCGCCCGUCAACAUGGACCUUGCACACUAUCGCAAUUCGAGCGCCUUUUUAGAGGCGGACGACGGAUCAAUCGCGAACCGUGCUGUCCUGUUGUGCAGCCAGGUGUUGGCCUCUACAGUGUGCUCGACUCGCCAACCGACUCUCAAAGAGUGGACUGAGCUGUACAAUGAUGCCACCAGAUGGGAGGAGUCUGUGCCGGGGAGGUUUCGCCCGUACUAUGUCGAGAAUGUGUCGGCAAAGGAACCAGGCCGCGCGUUUCCCCUUAUUUUACUAACAAGACCGGCGCACGUGCUUGGCUACCAGCACUUCUACCUCGCGCGCCUUCUCUUACAUGUUUUUGACCCGCGGCAUUGGCACCCAAGCCUCCAUGCAUUCAGUACCCGAUCUACAGCAGAGGGCUGUGCUCUCUCCGAUCUACGUGCGUUUAUUGGCCUGGCCGUGAGCAACCCAAAGGUGAUGACCGCGUCUUUCACUGCGCAUCAUGCGCUCCAUACUUGUGGCUGUCUUUUGCGCAAUGCAGAGGACAAGGAGCGGGAGGCGGUGCUCGAGUUCCUGCGAGGGGUGUCAAAGAAGACUGGCUGGAGGAUACAAAAGCUCACAGAGAAGCUGAGUGCGGAGUGGUCAGCCUAG